GGGUUCAUAUCAGAGCCAGCACACAAUCUCUGUCUCUGUUUCUUACUUUUAUUUUCAGACAACCAUGGCCGAACCAGAGCGCAAAGAAGAGGAAGAGCACGUCGCCGCGGAAGACGAAGAUACCGGAGCUCAGGUCGCUCCGAUUGUCCGUCUCGAAGAAGUCGCCGUCACCACCGGUGAAGAAAAUGAAGACACUAUUCUCGAUCUUAAGUCGAAGCUUUAUAGAUUUGAUAAAGAUGGAAAUCAGUGGAAAGAGAGGGGUGCGGGUACUGUUAAGUUUUUGAAGCAUAAGGAAACUGGAAAAGUUCGUUUAGUUAUGCGCCAAUCCAGGACCCUUAAGAUCUGCGCCAAUCAUCUUGUUCAUCCUACAAUGACUGUUCAGGAACAUGCUGGAAAUGAGAAGUCUUGCGUUUGGCAUGCUACUGAUUUUGCUGAUGGUGAACUUAAGGAUGAACUCUUCUGCAUCAGAUUUGGAUCCAUAGAGAAUUGCAAGAACUUUAUGGAGACGUUCCAAGAGAUUGCCGAAUCGCAAGUAAAGAAAGAGGAAAGUGAGGAAUCUACUACUGCUGCUGAGCAGCUUGACAAGUUGAGUGUAAAAGAGAAGAAAGAUGAAGAGAAAACAGAGGAAAAUGUGGUUCCUGCAGCAACUCAGGAGAAGGAUUCUGAGAAGGAGAGUGAUAAAGUAGAGUCAAAGAAGGAUGAGUGAGGAACCUGGCUCCCUUCAGAGAUGUCUACCAUAUAAAUUAUGUCCUUUCAGUUGUUGAGGUUAAAUAUUUUGCCUCACCAGUCACCUACCCACCUUGUGCAUGGUCAAGCCAUGGUGAUUUGCAAUGGAUUUUUUUAAUGGGUAGGAAUGGUGUGGAUGUGUUGGUCUGUGGGUCUGUCGUUGAAGUCUGUCACCUUUGAUCUAAACUUAGGUCUGCAUUCAACUUAUAGGGUCUGUGUCAUUUGAGUCCCCUUUUGUGUCAUGGUGUGAAUUACUUAUUACUUGUCGAUCUAUGCUACGUUAAAAAAAAUAUUACUUUAUGGUACAACAGAGUUUUUGCUGUGAGACAA